CACCUUUGCAUCAAUGUUAAUAUUUUCAAUUCAAUCAUCCCUCGUUCCCUCCGCUUUAAUCUUCCGUCGCGGGCACGAUAACUCCCUUCUCGCAGUUCAAGAGUCUAGCCGAGCAGAAAACAUCUCUUCAGCAUUUGAAUUGAAGGUAAAACAUAGACUUCAUAGACUGUGAACUGUGUCCAACUCAGUGCAUGUCAGUGUGACGCCUCCCCCGCGGGCAACAUAAUCGAAUUCCAGUCACCAGCGUCGUCGUCAGCAUCAUCGCCAUCAGGCACCGACCAACCGACCGACCGCCGGUUGGAUAGCGCUCGGCAGAAGUUUGAAGAACUCAUCAAAAAUGGAUCAGUCCACGACGGCGGCCACAAUAUCGUCCUCGUCGCUAUCGACCUGCUCCAACGCUCUGACCCACCACCAGCACGGUCCGGAUGCAUCGCUGCUCGGCAGCGACAUGGAGUGCAUCGAGGAGAACGUGAUUAUUGACGAAAUCACCGAGGCCGAACCAACGUCCGUCACGUUGCGCUACUGCAAACGCAAGUUCCUUCGACCGUACGUGAUCAUCUUGGCGUUGGCCGGCAUUCGACCGAGCUCCACGGAUCUGGAAUUUCUCGGACGUUGGGUUGGCCAUCUGCAAACUGCGCUCGUGCUCUGUAUGCUCUGCCUCGGUUAUGUGCUUCAGUUUCUGUGUGGAUACAGACGGGAUCAUGGAUUUCCCUCGACGAACGACGUAACACCAGCAACAACCACCGGUGUUACCGCGAAAAGUUGGUCAACUGAUGCCUCUCGAGCGUAUGAAGCAUUCAACGGGACGACUACCUGGAAACCAUUGGCCAGCAACGAUGGCGAUCCCAGCUCAUCGAACCGCACUCAUCGCAUCCUCGAAGCGGAUCACUCCGGACUCGCCGGUUCCGGUGAGGCUAUCUUCAUCUAUCUCAUUCCGGCCCUGCUGCACCUGAACGGGUACCUUUUGGCGGUCUUCAUCUACCGAUUCGCCGACAACGAGCAGCUGCAGUGUCUCGUCGAAAGGGUAUUUAUACUGAGCAACAACCCACGGCGUUUGGUGCGAACGCUCUGGCUGUACUUUGGCCUCGGUGUUGGCUGGUUGGGCGCCUCCAUCGCCUACGUACUGGUGCUCGGAGGUGACAGUACCAGUGCGUACGAACGAUUCACCUCCUUCCGAUGGCCGCUACACUUCAACGCGUCACCUACCACCGACAUGCUCAAGGGUGUCCUCACCAUGGCACUCUUCUGUCAUGAUCUCGUGCAAAUGGUUGUGAUCGUGAGCUACAGCUUGAUAUGCUAUCUACUCCGCUGUUACCUGAAGGCACUGAAGGAGAAGCUGCUGCUUCACACCAUCGAACCGCUGAACUGGAUGAGGGAGAUUUGCGAGUUCCGUAAGCUGCUGUACCACCUGAACACGCGGAUCUCGCUGCCGGUCGCCAGCCUUACGGUGCUGAAUCUCAGCUACACCGUGUCGAGCGUUGUCCAUCUGUUCCGCGAUAUGACGGCCUGCCCGAUUAACAUAUUCACCGCCAGCCUCGCCAACAUUCUGCUCUGGCUGUUCAUCUCACUGAUGCCGUUCUUUCAGGCCGCCAGCCUUACCGUCACCUGCCGCCAAACGCAGUCCUGCGGUCAUCUGAUUAGCAUUCGACCGUUCGUACACCGGAACACGUCGUCCGAGGAUCUGAACACGGUGCUGCUGUAUGCUUCGUCGCUCAAAAUGUCGGCCAAAUUGUUCCGGAUGCCGAUCAGCGCCCACUAUCUGUGCUUUUUCGUGCUCGUCUGCUUCAUCGCCAUCCUAACGUUCGGGAUGUGUCUGAACAUAUCGCUCGGUGCUCAUUAGAUGCUUGUGAACAACCCGUCAGUUUUCGGAGAAGGCGCGGAUGGUUGAUCGUAACGGUGGAAACACACCGUUGACCUUGCAAUCGACAUGAUGCCACAGGGUUUGAUGCUCAAUGCCGCAUGAAAUGAAAGACUGAACGAUGGCGAACGAAUGGCGAAUUCGUAACACGAUACGGUUCAUUGUUCCGUAAUUUAUGUUUACUGUACCUACUCCCUUUUUGUGCCCAUCCAUUAUCGUACCGAGCCGAGGAGCGUCAUCGAGAGGAGGCAUGGAUAUUCCCGAUUUACGAGUGCUACGUGGCACCAUCCGCCCACCGCCCAACUCUCAACCAGCUCCACAUUUGCAUGCUACUUUAGGCUUUUUAAGGACACGGCAUUAUUUAUCUUUGGUUUCAUAUUCUUACGUACCGAGGGGUUACGUAUAGUUUGUUCUUUUAUCGAUUCCAUUAAUGCCGGCAAAUGGAAUCGUAUUGUUAUGCUGUCUUGCUCCUCGUUCCUGUUAUCAUGUUUCGUUGCGCACAAAAGAGAUGUAAAUAUUCAUAAAAGACACAAAGCCAGGACCCUCCUUCCAAAUUUGUUUUCUUUCAAAUCCAUUCCAUCUAUUCAAAGCAUCCAAUA